UUAUUUAUGGUGGUAAAACACUUUUCAGACUUCAAUUUAGCAUUAAUUUCAGGUGAAGGUCAUGCCAAAGCAGAGCAAGAACUGAGUAUUGCCCGAUAUCAACAAUGAUAAUACUGUCUAACAUCUAUUAAGUGCUUACUAUGUACCAGAUGUUGAAUUAUGUGAAUUAGUUUAUUUAAUUUGCAUGAGAACUCUUCUGAGGUGGAUACUGUUGUUAUCUUCAUUUUGGAGAUGACUAAGGCACAGAGCACGUAAGUAACUUGUCCAAGAUAACACACCUAGUAAGUGGUGAAACCAAGAUUCAGAUGUAGGCAUUCUGGCUUCCAAGCCUCCACUCAACCAGCAAACCAUACUGCCUAUUAGCCUCAAAUUGAAUAGUCUUAAGUUCCAAGUAGGUUUAGUCUCUGCACAGAAAACUGAUACAAAGGGGAAGAAAAGGGUGAAGUAGGGGAGGGAUGUGCUGUGCAUGCAUUAAUUUAUUUAAUCCUCACAACCUCUGAGGUCGCUUCUGUCUGUGAAAUAAAAACUGUUAUACAGGGAAGGAAAUUGAGAUACAGAAUGGUUGAACAACUGGACAAUAGUUUACACAGCUAGUAAAUGGCAGAGCCAAGUUUGAAUGUUCUCUACUAUACUGUUCUGGAGAGAUAAAAAGACCCAAUAUGUAUGUGCACCUACUUUAUACAUACACAUACUUGCACAGAAACACUCACACUUCUGCAAAUUAUAGUGCUUGCUUUUGCUACAGAUCCUACAGCUUUAUAGUUCUGAGUCUCAGACCUGCAUGACUAGAUUUAACAAAUAAAAAUAAAAGAUGCCCAAAUUUUAAUUUCAGGCAAACGAUUAGUAUAAAUAUUCCCUUUGUAAUGUCUGAGACAUACUUACAUUAAAAACUUUUUGUGUUGUAUAUCUGAAAUUAAAAUUUAACUAGGCAUCCUUUAUUUUAUCUGGCAACCUUACCCAGGAGAAAAAUUCCUAUUAGUUUUUCAAGUUCUAAAUCAAAUAACUAUUUCUAGAUAAAGUCUUCAGCUAUUUUUCUGGGUAGUUUUUUUCCCUUUUCUGUACUGUUACAACCCAAACUUUUUGUACAUCCAUCCAUCAUCCAUUAAUAGUAUAUAUUAUUCUGCUUACAGGUGCCUAACUCUUCCAUUCAGACCCUUGAUCUCCAAUGGGGGAACUAUUUUAUGUUCAUCUCUGAAUCCCCAAACAUGGAGUUUUGAAACAGUUAUUGAGAGUCACUGGGUGUAAGGAAUGAAGGAAAACUAGCACUUGUGAAUUGUCUUCUUUAUGCUAAAUACAGUUCCGAUUGUUUUGCAAUAUUUAAUACACAUUAAGGCCCCAUUAGAAAUGAAUGGGCCAAGUCUUUGACAGCAGGGUGAUAACAUUCCCAUGAGGCCUAUAACAUUUGACAUAAAUAAAUGAUGCCAUUCUCGUCCCCAUCUCCUUUCUGGGAGAACAAGAACUGGGUCUAGUUGGCUAGAACUGCUUCCAUAGCAACAGCCCUUUAAGGGCCAAUGAUCGCCGGAAGUUCCGUUUUUACUUCCGGGUUGUGCAUGACCGCAGACAACCCGGAAAUUGGCCCGCGUGGUUGCUCUCAGCCGCGCCUGGAGAGAAUGCCGCUCGCAGUGUUUUGUGGUCUGCCGUACUGCGGCAAGAGCAGACGUGCAGAGGAGCUCCGCCGGGCCCUGGCGGCCGAGGGCCGCGCGGUGUACGUGGUGGACGACGCGGCGGUACUGGGCGCUGAGGAUGCGACAGUGUACGGCGAUUCGGCUCGUGAGAAGGCAUUGCGUGGGGCCCUGCGCGCUGCUGUAGAGCGGCGCUUGAGUCGUCACGAUGUGGUCAUCCUUGACUCGCUUAACUACAUCAAGGGCUUCCGCUACGAGCUCUACUGCCUGGCGCGGGCGGCGCGCACCCCAAUGUGCCUAAUCUACUGCGUACAGCCAGGCAGUCUGAACAGGGGACCUCGGGUGGCAGACGUGGAGGACUGUCAGAGCCAGAACGUCAGUGUGAGUUGGCGGCCGCGCACCGAAGAGGGAGGGAGACCUCUGGCAGCGGACACCGGUUUCCUCAGGGAAUCGGGAGCAGUGGAUUCGAUAGUAAAUGGAAGAGCCCAGGCACAGGUAUUUAAGGAAAUGGAGCGGGAGGAAACCAGGGCGCCAGAUCUUGCAGCUCUUGUGACUCCGGACUUUGAGAAAUCUGCAAAGCAUAUGUCCAGUGCCUUUUACCCCGCGGAACUUCUGGAAGCCUUAAUGCUGCGCUUCGAGGCUCCCGACUCUCGCAACCGCUGGGACAGACCCCUGUUCACCUUGGUGGGCUUAGAGGAGCCAUUGCCUCUGGCAGAGAUCCGGGCUGCUCUGUUUGAGAACAGGGCUCCUCCACCUCAUCAGUCUACACAGUCCCAGCCCCUUGCCUCUGGCAGCUUUCUGCACCAAUUGGAUCAGGUCACGAGCCACGUGUUGGCGGGACUGAUGGAAGCUCAGAAGAGUGCAGUCCCCGGAGACUUGCUUAAGCUUCCUGGUACCACGGAGCACCUUCGGUUUACUCGGCCCUUAACCAUGGCAGAACUGAGUCGCCUCCGACGCCAGUUUAUUUCCUACACCAAAAUGCACCCCAACAAUGAGAACCUGCCUCAAUUGGCCAACAUGUUCCUGCAGUAUCUGAGCCAGAGCCUGCACUAACCAAAGUAGGUUGGGGGAAAGCCAUGGCUACUUGUCUAACCUCUUCUGCACUGUAUUUCUUUGGGAAGAAUAAUCAAGGUCUUCAGAGCAUAUCGAUGUGUGAUACGAGAACUGUUGUGACCAAUUCACCCUUUGUGUAAUGCCUCUGUGUCAGGCAUUAAGUUUAAGGCAUACUCUGAGACUAGAAAGAAUGGAGAACAAAUUUAAAGGACCUUGGCAAAUUUCUCCAGAGGACAGAGCUCAGGUGGACAGGGCUUGUUUGGAUUGGGUUCUGUUUGAGAUACCAUAUUCCAUUGAUUUCCCCAUCUGAAUUGUGGGAGAGCAGACUGGAUGAAUUGUUCUAAAACAGUUGUGAACGGAAACUGAAGAUGGCAUAGUUCUGCAUCUGCAUUGGCCCUUUUCUCAUACCACACAUAGUUUUUGAGUAUUGGACUUAAACUUUUUGCUAGUCUGUCUGCUAGGGUAUAGGGUCACAGAUAAAUCCACUGGUUUCUGUCCUUGGGAAGCUUUUGUUCUAGUGGAAGUGAAUGACAUAACCAUUAGGUUAUUUUGUCUAAUAAAAUCUUUUAGAAGAAGAGA